UUCUCUUGGACACUUCAAAAUCUGAAGUUCAGACCAUAGAUCGAGAACCUGCUGGUGCUUUGUAAUCUCGUUGUCUGUAGGAUUUUGCCGGAUAUGAACUGGGUUCAACGCAAAAUCUACCUUUACAAUGUCACCUUCGGGCUCUACAUGCUUGAUUGGUGGGAACGAUACCUCUUCAAUUCUUUGGUUGUAGUCUUGAUGUGGUUCGUUAUAUACAACGGUACACGCUACUUUUCCGAGCUCUUCCAGAGGCAUUUGACAUGAAAACAUGUUUUGUUUCUGGCACGGUAGAGCAUGAAAAGCCUGGAAACUCCAAAGGCAUGCUCGUUUGGUUUCAGUACCAACCAUAAACCUCCUUUUCGGCUACUCCUCUGGUUUUGUUAAUUUUCCUCCAAAGGCUAGGACCACUCGUAUAUCAUUUGUUCCCAUGAUUUUGGAAUCAACAGAGCGUAUUUAUAAACUCAUAAGAUCGUAAGUCUUUCUGUUGUAUUUCCAAAUCACUUUGAGACUUGACCAAAGCAAUACUACAGUGGUUGUGGUGUCUUAUGACC